AUGGCACUGCAGGGCAACCGUGAGCGAUACUACGAGACCACCAACAGCCUGCUGGAUUUUGUGCUGAGCAAUCGGGAGGGUAUCCCCAUCUCCCUCGCCGUACUGUAUGAGGCGGUUGGCGUGCGUGCGGGCCUACCCAUCACCCUCCUCAACGUGCCGAUGCAUGUGGUGUGUGCCAUGGAGGAUCCCGGCGGCGGCGGCCAGGAGGCGCAGCGCUGGUUUGUGGAUGUGUUCGGUGGCGGGCGCGUGCUCGACAGAUUCGAAUUCUCGCAGUUCCUGCAAGGCCUGGGCCUGCCUGGGGACCAGUUUGGGCUGGAGGCGCAGGCCAUGACUCCGGCCCAGUGCUGGAUGCGUAUGUGCCGCAACCUGCUGCACCUGCACAGGGAGCAUGCAGAGUAUGGCAAGCUCAAGGCGGUGGCGCUCCUCAUGGCGGCGGCGGCAGGCGAGGGCUCAGGCAAGCCCGCCUGCCAGGCUGGCGGCGUCGCGCUGCUGCUCCUCCCUGCGGCCGCCAACGCGUGCAUGGCGCUGCAGCAGCACCACGAAGCCGCGGAGCUGCUGCAGACGCUGGUGGGCGGGACCUACCAGGUGCAGCAGGGCCACGCCGCAGCGCUGCACGCCACCGCCCUGCGCUCCAUGCUGGGUGAGAUCGAGGCGGCGGCAGAGGCGGUGCACCCGCGCGAGGGCCAGGAGGCGGUAUCGUUUGUUGUGGGCCAGGUGAUACGACACAGGCGGUACCAGUACAGGGGCGUCAUCAUCGGCUGGGACCCUGAGUGUCGGGCCAGCGAGGAGUGGGUGCAGCAGAUGGGAGUGGACAGGCUGCCAGGCGGCCGGCGCCAGCCCUUUUACCACGUGCUUCCUGACCCGGAGGACCGCCCCGGCCAGGCGCAGACGUAUGUGGCCCAGGAGAACGUCCAGCCAGAGGCACUGGCGGCGCCGCACGCCGCUGAUCCAGGCGCGCUGCACCCGGAGGUGGGCCGCUACUUCACAGCACUGGCGCCCGGCGGCGCUCGCUACCUGCUGAGCGACUGGAUGCGGCACUGCUUCCCUGGAGGCUGA